AGCCAAGCCUCAAGUCAGGUGAUACAAUAAGGAAUAGAUAAAUUCAAAUGAAAACCCUGACACUCACCAAAUUUUAAAGAAUUAUUAAUCAUAUUUUAGUCAUUUCUACACCCUAAAAAUGAUGCAAUUUAUGUUGUUGUUUAGUCGUCAAGGAAAAUUACGUUUGCAAAAAUGGUACGUUGCACAUCCAGAUAAAUUGAAAAAGAAAAUAACACGAGAACUUAUUACUACAAUUCUUGCAAGAAAACCAAAAAUGUCAAGUUUUCUUGAAUGGAAAGAUGUUAAAGUUGUUUAUAAAAGAUAUGCAAGUUUAUAUUUUUGUUGUGCUAUUGAACAAGUUGACAAUGAAUUGUUAACUCUAGAAAUCAUUCAUCGUUAUGUAGAAUUAUUGGACAAAUAUUUUGGAAGUGUUUGUGAGCUUGACAUCAUUUUUAACUUUGAAAAAGCAUAUUUCAUACUUGAUGAACUAUUGGUUGGUGGUGAAAUACAAGAAACAAGUAAAAAAAAUGUUUUAAAGGCCAUUGCUGCACAGGAUUUAUUACAGGAGGAUGAAGCUGUUGAAGGUGCACUACGAGAUAUAGGGCUUUUAUAAAGAUUCAACAACUUUAAAGUGAUAGCAACCGCAGAGAGCCCGAAUGUUCUUCUAUCCAACAAUAUCAUCGCCUGUCUUCACAAUCUCGUAUGAGAUAUAAAAAUUAAAUAUAAAAAAAUUAAACAAUUAUUUAAUAAUUAAUUAACAUCUCUGGA